GAUACAGCUGACAUCAUACAGCAGCGACGGAGCGGAUGCGCUUACACACACACACACACACACAUCGCCAUAACAACAGUAGCUCUCCAUCAGCAUCGGCAGGACAACCGCAGAAGCAAAGCAAUAUGGUGAAACUAGGCAGUAACCUGGUAGACAAGAUGGAGAGACAGCCAUCGGUGGAGGACGGUUUCGACAACAUCCCCCUCAUCACUCCGCUGGAGGUCGGCCAGUUACAGCAGCCUUUCCCUGAUAAGGUGAUUGUGAAAACCACAGCAGAGUAUCAGCUGAAGGAGAAGAAGAGGAGGCUGUAUGUGCCGAGCAUCAAGAAGCUAAACAUAAACCUUUAUGAUGAGAUGUCAGAGAAGCUCAAGCUGACUGGGUUGAUUAUUAUCACCUUGGCGUUCCUGGCAUGUCUGCUGCUGUUGGUCAUGUAUAAAACGCUGUGGUAUGAUCAGCUCGGCUGCCCUGAGGGGUUCGUUCUCCAGCACAGACACUGCACCCCGUCCGCUCUGGAGAUGUACUACCCUGAGCAGAACUCUAGGGGCAGCUUGUACACCGCCAUGACCCACCUCAACCAGGCCAAGAAGAACAUCCCAGAGCUGUCCCCUCCCUGGCUGCCAGUCAUGAAGGACGAGGUGAACCACUCCGAGAAAUAAGGGGGAGACAAAGGGUCGCCAUGUUUUCACAUUAGAGGGUUUGUGAAGAUGGAAUCCACAUAAUGUUGAUGAUCAAGUCAAUAGGAAGGCGUUUAUGUGUGUAUUUUGUUUAAAAUGGGGAUUUGGUGUUGAAUUACUAUUUAGAUGAACUGUGACACACAUAAAUGUCUAUGAAGUGAAGGUUUCAAGGUUUCUACUUUGUCACCCUCUGCAAUACAAAUUUUUUUCACCCUCUCUGAAAUCUGCUCACGAUACUCUAUAUCCGUUUAGAAAAAAUCUAGACACUGAAGCUCAUCCGUAUACAUUUUAAAU